UUUUUGUGCCUCCACAAGAAGUUCAAAUCGUCACAUAAUUUCUUGCGGGAGAGACUGAACUUGAUUUUCCCAUCAUUUCUCCCCGUAUUUUUUGGGGGAGGGUGGUGUAGUGCUCAAAAGCCAUCCAUGUGGAUGUAAUGUGAACUCCCCAACCAAGCCCCCAUUAGCGUUUGUUCAAUCGUGCGGCAAUACCCCGGAGAACCCGGAAAACGUGAGAUUUUCCCUUGUUGGCUGCCGAAGAACAUUUUCCAUGUCAUACACAAAUUUUCGGGUCUAAAAGCUACACUAAUGUUGGUUGUGUGUAUGUAUGUGCGCGACAGCGAUUACCUAACAAAUGUACGCAUGAAGUGUGUUUUACAAUUCUCACAACUCUGUGUUCUUUCGGUGUGAUUACAAAACACUUUUUUUCCUCCCAAUUCAGAGAGACUCUCAAAAGUGAUCUUGUUUUCCCAAUUCUGUGUGAUUUUGUGGAAAAUCCAUUGACUUUUCACGGCUAGAGGGUGAGAAAGUGUUUUCCUUGAUCUAUUUCCCACGGAGGACUAUUUGUGGAAGGAACAUUUGAUUGUGAAUUCCCAGUGGAGUGGCCGGGUUCUCUCUGAGAUCUCAAGGAAAUUGUCUUGAAGUCAGCUCUCAUCGCGGAGCAUCGCAUCAUCAUCACCCAAUUGUCUCUCAACUUCUAAGCGGAGUGUUCUAAGCAAUUCAGACAGCCGCUGUUGUCUCCCUCACACCGGGGCAACGUGCAGAAGCUCCACGCGCAUACAGUGUUGCCCCGCACAACGUCUGCACGUCGCUCUCUGCGCGACGAGCUACUCUCCGUUUGCGCCUCUCAUUCAGUCGUCCCAUAGCGCCCGCUUCAUUCGCAUCGAACACUCAUUGCACGCCGGACGUGCCAACUCGUGGCUCCGCCAAUAAGUUUCUUACACAAGUUGAACAGAAAAAAAAACGAGAGAAGUGCUCCAAAGAAGAGCAUUCCGUGUGCUGUGUGCGGUGUCUUGUGAAUUCUUAAGGACACACUCCUGCUGUGAGGGGAUCAGUGUGAGGAGAUUCCUUUUUAAUUAAGAGAAAAAAAUUGAAUUAAAUAUUUUUUGGGUGAGAAGAUCUCAAAAGUGAGGCCAAGUGUGUGAUUCAAUCGUGUUUCGAGGCAAAAAUAUUAUGUAAUACAAGAACGAAUUAUUCAACCACACAUUGUGUUGAAUUUUUGUGGACUUUCUGCGCUGUUUUUUUACGUGGUGAUUUAGAACGUAAAUUUUCUGCGAGGGAAUACCGCGAAGGACACCUCGAGGACAUUUUCCCGCGCAAAGAAUCCCGCGGGAAAAAUCUGCAAGGAUUUUCUUUGGGGAACAGUGUUCUGUGAGUGUUGUGCAAUCUGGGCAUAUGAGAGAGGAAAUUAAUCAGAAAUAAAUUUAUUUUGUGCUGUGGCAUCUCCAGUUUUUUUGUGUGAUUGAGUGAGUCAUCUAGCCCCGUGUGUGGGUUCAUUCUCGCACCAAGUUCUUUGUCUCAUCGUGGACUCAACGUGCGUAACGGACAAAAAAGCCAAAAGUGGGUGCCAAAAGCCUCCAAGCGCGCCAAUUCCUCCGACUGUUUAAAAAAAAUUAAAAAAAAAAGUUUGCAAAGCAUCUGCAGUUGGGAAUAAUCUUGCGAGGAAGUGAGGAAUUUGUGUUAAGAAAAGGCGCACAAAAAGACGUUUUUCUUUUAAAAUUGCAAACACGUUAACCUCGGUGCGAGGCAGCUUUUUCACACAAAACACAAACACCACACGUCACAACAUUUUAUCUGCGAACCCCGAUUACAUAAGUACAUGACCAAGUCCCUGGUAUCACGGUUCUGGGAAACAAACAAAGGCACUUUGUGAUCCGAUUCCCUCCCCACAAACAUCCGCCAUUUGGAUUUUUUUCUGCCUGCAAUUCCUGCGCGCGUUCUCAGGGUAGUAGCAUCCAACAUAGGGAACAACCUUCCAGCUCCGAUCGCGAUCCUCGCUAAGAAAAAGAAAAAUAAAUAAAAGAAAAAAAGUGUCGCUCUAAAAAGUGCCGCGUGUGUGUCACAGAAAUAAAACGUGAUUCACACACUACUAUCAAAUUAUAUUGGAAUUUAUAUAACGCCACCCAAGAGUGAAGAUCGUCAGUGAAGAUCAGUUAAAUGCACACACAUACAGGCUUCACCUGCUAAAAGGGAACAAAUUUUGAUUUUUUAUUUUGCUGUGAAACCCUUCACGUGAUCACACCUUGUGCACGAACGUAGUAAAACAAAAAAAAAGUGCGUACGAUCCUCUAUACGCGCGUGUCACGGGUGAUGUUCAGUGAUCCGGCAAAUCGAGAUGGCGACACUGAUCGAUGUGGCCAAGAGUGAAUUUGCCAAGUCCAAUUUUGGCAAUGCCAUCGAGCUCUAUGUGCAAUGUAUGCGCGACAGUAGUGCCACUGUACCCCUAUGUGAUCUCUACUUCGGCUAUGCCGACUGCCUAGCGCAUCUAGGUCGUCUACCCGAAGCUUUCGACGCAUACGCUCAUGUGGGGCUCAACCUGGCGCCAGGAUGUAUUGUACCACUCGAGAGAUGGCGCCAUGCAACACUAGCCCUCAUUCAGAGUUGCACCCUACCCGCCCUCUCGCGGCGAUCAUCACUCUCCACCAUCACGGCGGCCAAUGCAAUCCCCGGCACACCUUAUCCCGAGGCUAUAGUAGAUGCUCUCCUGUGUCCGGUUUGCGAAGAAAUUCCCCGCACGCCGGUCACGCUUGUCUGUGGGCAUACUCACUGCAAAUCGUGCAUGCGUGAACGGCUAGCUUGCCGUGUGUGUGGCCAUAAGAUCGAUUCAGGGGAUCAGGAGAAGGAUGUUCUCGUGUGUCGACUAAUUGAGCGCUGGUGGGGUCAGGAUAUUAAAGUUGAGAGCACCAAUGAGCAAGCUCAGAGAUUUCUGGAGAAAUGUCUCUACGACGAGGCCCUAAGGUGUUGUAACCAGAGCCUAGAGCAAGCUCCCAACAACUUCAAGGGCCUUCUGACGCGUUCCGAGGUCCUCUACUGUCUCAAUCAAUUCCAGAGUUCCUUGGCCGACGCAGACAAUGCCCUGAGAUGCAGACCAACAUCGUACAAGGCACAUUUCCGGAGAGCAGCUGCCCUAACAAGUUUGGGACGCAAUGAGGAAGCCCUAGUGGCGCAUUGUGUUGCCGUGAGCCUCGAUAAGUCUGGUCUGAGUACCACUACCGCCCUCAAGCAUGACAUCACACGACUCCUCCAUCGACUCCUUGUGCCACAGUAUCGGGUCCACCAGAGCACCACGAUGCCCACACCCUUCAGGAAGCGCCGGAAAGUCUUCACCGUGCGCUCCCUGAGCGACUGUGAGGAUGGGAAUUCCAGCUGUGGGGAGGAAGAGAAUUUUCUUCAUGCCCCAAAGAGGAGUCGAAGAUCCGCCGGAAGACCCGGGGAUGAUGUCAUUCCACCGCCCAAUGCGCGGCUAAGGUCUCUCCUUGAGCGCAUUCAUCAGGAAGUUCAGAAGAACAGACGUGCAGAUUCCCGCACGAACCCACCUCAUGUGAAUCCCACGUUGAUUGAGGCCUCGGAUUUUGAUUGCGUGCUCUGCUGCCGCACCCUGUGGAAGCCCGUUGUGACACCCUGCGGACACACAUACUGCUCGAUCUGCCUGGAUCGCUGCAUGGACUACAAGCAGCAAUGCCCGCUCUGUAUGUUUUACAUUGAGGAUACAAUGUCCCUGGCAAGGCAUGGAGCCACACGCUUCCUGGAAGUUGCCAUGCAGCGCUUCAUUCCCGUUGCGUACACAAAGCGGAAGCGCCAGGAGUUGGAACCGUCGGUGCCCAUCUUCAUCUGCACCACGGCCUUCCCCAGUGUGCCAUGUCCUCUUCUUGUGUCUGAACCACGAUACAGGCUCAUGGUGCGACAGGCCAUUGAGAGCGGAGAUAGGCAUUUCGGGAUAGCGCAGCCAAGUGGGAAACCCCCACAGAAUGGGCGGCAGCAGUACUUUGAGUACGGGACCAUGUUGGACAUCCGGGACUGUGUUCUACUCGGCAACGGAUGCUCCAUCCUCAGCACCGUAGGCAGUCGGAGAUUCCGUGUAAUUGCACGUGGGGAGAAGGAUGGGUACGACACGGCCAAAGUGGAGUACAUCUGCGAUAGUCCCAUCAGCAGGGAGCGCACCGGCUAUGUGGCGAAGUUGCAUGAGAAGGUCCUUGGGAAAGCAGUGGAUUGGUUCGAGCGACUUCCCGAGACGUACAAAACGGAAAUCUUGAGAAGCUUCGGGCAUAUGCCGCAAGUUGAGGAGGAAUGGGUGACGGAACGUGAUGGACCAGCGUGGGCUUGGUGGAUUAUUGCCAUCUUGCCGCUCAAUCAACAGCUCAAGGGCACAAUUUUGAUGGAGACCAAUCUGGAGAAACGGCUCCUGGCCAUCGAUAAGACGCUCAAUUGGCAGGACAAAGCAACAUCACAGAAGCGCCAAUCUGCUGAACCGUGCUCCCCAUGUGGCAGCGAUGGGCUUCAGGAUUGUCCUACAGUUGACUGUUGCCAACGUAGUCCAUCUUCAACGCAUCUCGAUGAAGGCACAGCCCCAGGGCAUGCCACACACUUCCUCAUGUAGCUUUAAAUGCCUCCCCUCCCAUAAAAAAAAAGAGAGAAAAGAAAAUGAAACAAAGAGAGGAGCAAGGACUUGAGCUUUAAAAAACUACGGGAGAUGCGAGUCUUCACUUUCUUCUGUUCCACAAAACAACACACCGUUCCAGGUCAGAGGAAGAUGCGUGCCACUCCAACAAACAAAAAUGUAUUUAAGCAAGUUUUUGACGAGAAAGAUGAAAAAAAAUGGACAGGACGGGCGCUGUGAAUUGACAAUCUUAAUGGAACCAUUCUCAAUUUUUUUUUUCAAUACGCUCACAUUCUUUUUUUCCAAACUCUUUUCCAUUUCUUACAGCCCCUAAUUUGGGGGCUGUUCUUCUGGCCUUCCUUUUUUCCAAAAAAAAAAAUAAAAUAAAAUAAAAAUAAAUAAAACUUUCCGCCAGAGUUGAACUUUGGCAGUAACCGUGUGUAGAUGUUAGGCUGUAUAGAGAUGCAUGUUGAGAAAAGAAAAAUCUGUGUUAUAAAAUACCUGAUGAAGGGUCUAACAGUUGCAUUAAAUAAGGUUUUAAUUUAUAAUUUAAUUUAUUCUUUUUUUUUCGGCACACAAAUAAUGAAUUUAUCCAAUGCAAUGUCCUUUUGAAGGGGGUUUUGCAUAAAAAUUUUCUUUUUAGCAGAUUCAAAGGAAACUCCAUUUUUAAGAACCAAGUUUAAGAAGAAAAGAGGAGAAAAUGAACAAGGAAGGUUUUCUUUAGCAUAGUGAAACAAUGAGCCAUUUAAUUCACAAUGAAGAGAUAAAGAGAGAAGAAAAUAUCUUAAGUAGAAUGUAGGUAGAUGUUAAAUGUACUUCUUGAGGCGGUUAGGGUGGGCAUUAGAACUAAAUAAAUAAAGAAAGAGAAAGAGAAAGAAGAUGAAAAAUAUUGUAUUUAAACGUCGGAUGGAUGAAAAUUCAUUAGAUUUUUAGUCCAAGAUCUGAGAAUUAAAAGGAAAAAAUAAAUAAAUAAAAGAAGAGUAUUUAGACAUUUCAUUUUUUUACCAAUAACUACUAAAAUAAUGACUAAAUUAUGACUUUCUAUAUUUCUAGCAAGAUUAGAACAAAAAGAGAUCCUCUGCAAAAAAAUCUUACUAUAAAAAAAAUGGUAGAAAUUCAACAGAGAUAAAUGUUUAAAUGUGAUAUAUUAGAAAAUAUGUUUAGAGAGUGAAAAAAAAUAUAUAUAAAUGAAAAAAUUAUAUUUCUCGAUUUUUUAUACGACCACAACUAGUUAGUUCUACUAUUUAAAUUGAUCUUAUACAUUUUAAAUUAUAUUAUUUAUAAACAAAGAAAAUGUGAGAGGAAAAUCCACACCACACACACACUUUUAGCUCUUUGCUGUAAGAAAAAAAAGAGAGAAAUUUGAGAGAGAAAAAGGAAAAUGUAAUAAAACAUUUUUUUAAAAAUAAAUUCCUCCAUCAAUGUAA